ACGAAACCUUGAACCGCGAGCCAAGCUAACCUUACUCUGAAAAUUUUCCGAACAAUCGGAGCGAAAUGAAGCGUUUGAUCCCAACUUUCAAUCGCAUUCUGGUGCAGAAAAUUCUCCAAUCGGCGAAAACCGAAACCGGUAUUCUUCUCCCGGAGACAUCCACAAAGCUAAACUCCGGUAAAGUUAUAGCGGUUGGACCCGGUUCACGGGACAGAGACGGUAAAUUAUUACCGGUCUCGGUUAAAGAAGGCGAUACCGUUCUUCUUCCCGAGUACGGUGGUACAGAGGUCAAACUCGGCGAGAAAGAGUAUCAUCUGUUCCGGGACGAAGACAUCCUCGGUACAUUGCACGAGUAAUGAAAAUGAAGCUAGUGGGUUUCUUGUUGGCGUUUGUGUUCUUGUGAAGAAUAAUUAUUGAGUGUUUAAACUUGAUUAACAUGGUCGAAUAUUGGAAGUUUGAAAGUUUUGUUAUUUAUCAUCAUUGUCCUCCUUGAAUUUGGCCUUUAUAACUUGUCUUAA